GCGGGCGGCGGGCGGCGAUGGCCGGCGGCGGGCGCGCCCCGGGGCAGCCCGGCUGAGACUCCCGACCCCGUGACGCGCAUCGCUGCAGGACCUGAGCGCCGCAGCCCGGGGCCGCAGCCCGUCAUGCUGCCACAUCUGAGCCCACGGGCGCUGCCGCCGCCACUGCUUUCGCUGCUGCUGCUGCUGCUGCUGGGGGCCGCGCCCCGGGCGGGCGGGGGGCCGCAGCCCCCUUUCCGCACCUUCACGGCCAGUGACUGGGCCCUCACCCACCUGGUGGUCCACGAGCAGACGGGCGAGGUGUACGUGGGCGCCGUGAACCGCAUCUACAAGCUGUCGGGGAACCUGACGCUGCUGCGGGCGCACGUGACGGGCCCCGUGGAGGACAACGAGAAGUGCUACCCUCCGCCCAGCGUGCAGUCCUGCCCGCACGGCUUGGGCAGCACCGACAAUGUCAAUAAGCUGCUGCUGCUGGACCAGGCCGCCAACCGCCUGCUGGCCUGUGGCAGCGCCUCGCAGGGCAUCUGCCAGUUCCUGCGGCUGGAUGACCUCUUCAAGCUGGGCGAGCCGCACCACCGCAAGGAGCACUACCUGUCGGGCGUGCGCGAGGCGGGCAGCAUGGCGGGCGUGCUGAUCGCCGGGCCUCCUGGCCAGGCGCAGGCCAAGCUCUUCGUGGGCACGCCCAUCGACGGCAAGUCCGAGUACUUCCCCACGCUGUCCAGCCGCCGGCUCAUGGCCAACGAGGAGGACGCCGAGAUGUUCGGUUUCGUGUACCAGGAUGAGUUCGUGUCCUCGCAGCUGAAGAUCCCCUCGGACACGCUGUCCAAGUUCCCGGCCUUCGACAUCUACUACGUGUACAGCUUCCGCAGCGAGCACUUCGUCUACUACCUCACCCUGCAGCUAGACACGCAGCUGACCUCGCCCGACGCCGCCGGCGAGCACUUCUUCACGUCCAAGAUCGUGCGGCUGUGCGUGGACGACCCCAAGUUCUACUCGUACGUCGAGUUCCCCAUCGGCUGCGAGCAGGCGGGCGUGGAGUACCGCCUGGUGCAGGACGCCUACCUGAGUCGGCCUGGCCGCGCCCUGGCCCGCCAGCUGGGCCUGGCCGAGGACGAGGAUGUGCUGUUCACCGUGUUUGCCCAGGGCCAGAAGAACCGCGUGAAGCCGCCGCGGGAGUCCGUGCUGUGUCUGUUCACCCUCAGGGCCAUCAAGGAAAAGAUCAAGGAGCGCAUCCAGUCCUGCUACCGCGGCGAGGGCAAGCUCUCGCUGCCCUGGCUGCUCAAUAAGGAGCUGGGCUGCAUCAACUCGCCCCUCCAGAUCGACGACGAUUUCUGCGGGCAAGACUUCAACCAGCCGCUGGGCGGCACGGUCACCAUCGAGGGGACGCCCCUGCUCGUGGACAAGGACGACGGCCUGACCGCCGUGGCCGCCUACGACUACCGGGGCCGCACCGUGGUGUUCGUGGGCACGCGCAGCGGCCGCAUCCGCAAGAUCCUGGUGGACCUGGCGAACCCCGGCGGCCGGCCGGCCCUGGCCUACGAGAGCGUGGUGGCCCAAGCGGGCAGCCCUAUCCUGCGCGACCUGGUCCUCAGCCCCGACCGCCAGUACCUGUACGCCAUGACGGAAAAGCAGGUGACUCGGGUGCCCGUGGAGAGCUGUGUGCAGUACACGUCAUGUGAGCUGUGUCUGGGGUCACGGGACCCCCACUGCGGCUGGUGUGUCCUGCACAGCACCUGCUCCCGCCGGGACGCCUGCGAGCGGGAGGCCGAGCCCCAGCGCUUCACCACGGACCUGCUGCAGUGCGUACAGCUGACCGUGCGGCCCCGCAACGUGUCCGUGACCACAUUUCAGGUUCCGCUCGUGCUGCAGGCCUGGAACGUGCCCGACCUCUCGGCCGGCGUCAACUGCUCCUUCGAGGACUUCACCGAGUCCGAGGGCGUCCUGGAGGAUGGCCGGGUCCACUGCCUCUCCCCCUCCGCGCGGGAGGUGGCGCCCAUCACGCGGGGCCAGGGAGACCAGCGGGUGGUCAAGCUCUACCUGAAGUCCAAGGAGACGGGCAAGAAGUUCGCGUCUGUGGACUUCGUCUUCUACAACUGCAGCGUCCACCAGUCCUGCCUGUCCUGCGUCAGCGGCUCCUUCCGCUGCCACUGGUGCAAGUACCGCCACGUGUGCACACACAACGCCGCCGACUGUGCCUUCCUGGAGGGCCGCGUCAACGUGUCCGAGGACUGCCCGCAGAUCCUGCCCUCCACCCAGAUCUACGUGCCGGUGGGUGUGGUGAAGCCCAUCACCCUGGCCGCCCGGAACCUGCCGCAGCCGCAGUCGGGCCAGCGGGGCUAUGAGUGCCUGUUCCACCUCCCGGGGGGCCCGGCCCGCGUCGCCGCCCUGCGCUUCAACAGCUCCAGCCUGCAGUGCCAGAACUCCUCGUACUCCUACGAGGGCAACGACGUCAGUGACCUGCCCGUGAACCUGUCCGUGGUGUGGAACGGCCACUUCGUCAUCGACAACCCGCAGAACAUCCAGGGAAGCUGGGUGGGGCGGCCGGGGGGCGGGGCCGGGGUGGCCACUGACGCCCACCCCCUCCCCGCAGCCCACCUGUACAAGUGCCCGGCCCUGCGGGAGAGCUGCGGUCUCUGCCUCAAGGCCGACCCCCGCUUCGAGUGCGGCUGGUGUGUGGCCGAGCGCCGCUGUUCCCUGCGCCCCCACUGCCCCGCGGACGCGCCCGCCGCCUGGAUGCACGCCCGCCACGGCAGCAGCCGCUGCGCUGACCCCAAGAUCCUCAAGCUGUCCCCCGAGACGGGCCCGCGGCAGGGGGGCACGCGGCUCACCAUCACGGGCGAGAACCUGGGGCUGCGCUUCGAGGAUGUGCGAUUGGGCGUGCGCGUGGGCAAGGUGCUGUGCAGCCCCGUGGAGAGCGAGUACAUCAGCGCCGAGCAGAUCGUCUGCGAGAUCGGGGACGCCAGCGCGGUGCGGGCCCACGAUGCCUUGGUGGAGGUGUGCGUGCGGGACUGCUCCCCUCACUACCGUGCCCUGUCGCCCAAGCGCUUCACCUUUGUGACGCCGACCUUCUACCGUGUGAGCCCUGCCCGCGGGCCCCUCUCGGGGGGCACCUGGAUCGGCAUCGAGGGUAGCCACCUGAACGCAGGCAGCGACGUGGCUGUGUCUGUCGGCGGCCGGCCCUGCUCCUUCUCCUGGAGGAAUUCCCGGGAGAUCCGAUGCCUGACGCCCCCCGGGCAGAGCCCUGGCAGCGCCCCCGUCGUCAUCAACAUCAACCGGGCUCAGCUCACCAACCCCGAGGUCAAGUACAACUACACCGAGGACCCCACCAUCCUGAAGAUCGACCCCGAGUGGAGCAUCAACAGCGGAGGGACCCUCCUAACGGUCACGGGCACCAACCUGGCCACCGUCCGCGAACCCCGCAUCCGGGCCAAGUACGGAGGCGUCGAGAGGGAGAACAGCUGCCUGGUGUACAACGACACCACCAUGGUGUGCCGGGCCCCGUCGGUGGACAACCCUGCCCGCAGCCCCCCCGAGCUGGGCGCGCGGCCGGACGAGCUGGGCUUCGUCAUGGACGACGUCCGGGCCCUGCUGGUGCUGAACACCUCCACCUUCCUCUACUACCCGGACCCUGUGCUGGAGCCGCUCAGCCCCACCGGCCUCCUGGAGCUGAAGCCCAGCUCGCCCCUCAUCCUCAAGGGCCGCAACCUCCUGCCGCCGGCGCCCGGCAACUCUCGGCUCAACUACACGGUGCUCAUCGGCUCCACGCCCUGCGCCCUCACCGUGUCGGAGACGCAGCUGCUCUGCGAGUCUCCCAACCUCACCGGGCAGCACAAGGUCACGGUCCGGGCUGGCGGCUUCGAGUUCUCGCCGGGGGUGCUGCAGGUGUACUCGGACAGCCUGCUGACGCUGCCCGCCAUCGUGGGCAUCGGCGGGGGCGGGGGCCUCCUGCUCCUGGUCAUCGUGGCCGUGCUCAUCGCCUACAAGCGCAAGUCGCGGGACGCCGACCGCACCCUCAAGCGCCUGCAGCUCCAGAUGGACAACCUGGAGUCCCGCGUGGCCCUCGAGUGCAAGGAAGCCUUUGCGGAGCUGCAGACGGACAUCCACGAGCUGACCAACGACCUGGACGGUGCCGGCAUCCCGUUCCUUGACUACCGCACGUACGCCAUGCGGGUCCUCUUCCCCGGCAUCGAGGACCACCCGGUGCUGAAGGAGAUGGAGGUGCAGGCUAACGUGGAGAAGUCGCUGACACUGUUCGGGCAGCUGCUGACCAAGAAGCACUUCCUGCUGACCUUCAUCCGUACGCUGGAGGCCCAGCGCAGCUUCUCCAUGCGGGACCGCGGCAACGUGGCCUCGCUCGUCAUGACGGCCCUGCAGGGCGAGAUGGAGUACGCCACGGGCGUGCUCAAGCAGCUGCUGUCCGACCUCAUCGAGAAGAACCUGGAAAGCAAGAACCACCCGAAGCUGCUGCUGCGGCGGACGGAGUCGGUGGCAGAGAAGAUGCUGACCAACUGGUUUACCUUCCUUCUGUACAAAUUCCUCAAGGAGUGCGCCGGGGAGCCGCUCUUCAUGCUCUACUGCGCCAUCAAGCAGCAGAUGGAGAAGGGCCCCAUCGACGCCAUCACGGGCGAGGCGCGCUACUCCCUGAGCGAGGACAAGCUCAUCCGCCAGCAGAUCGACUACAAGACGCUGACCCUGAACUGCGUGAAUCCCGAGAACGAGAACGCGCCCGAGGUGCCGGUGAAGGGGCUGAACUGCGACACGGUGACGCAGGUCAAGGAGAAGCUGCUGGACGCCGUGUACAAGGGCGUGCCCUACUCUCAGCGGCCCAAGGCCGGGGACAUGGACCUGGAGUGGCGCCAGGGCCGCAUGGCCCGCAUCAUCCUGCAGGACGAGGACGUCACCACCAAGAUCGAUAACGACUGGAAGAGGCUGAACACGCUGGCGCACUACCAGGUGACGGAUGGGUCCUCGGUGGCCCUGGUGCCCAAGCAGACGUCCGCCUAUAAUAUCUCCAACUCGUCCACCUUCACCAAGUCCCUCAGCAGAUACGAGAGCAUGCUGCGCACGGCCAGCAGCCCCGACAGCCUGCGCUCGCGCACGCCCAUGAUCACGCCCGACCUGGAGAGCGGCACCAAGCUGUGGCACCUGGUCAAGAACCACGACCACCUGGACCAGCGCGAGGGCGACCGCGGCAGCAAGAUGGUUUCCGAGAUCUACCUGACGCGGCUGCUGGCCACCAAGGGCACGCUGCAGAAGUUCGUGGACGACCUCUUCGAGACCAUCUUCAGCACGGCGCACCGGGGCUCGGCCUUGCCGCUGGCCAUCAAGUACAUGUUCGACUUCCUGGAUGAGCAGGCCGACCAGCACCAGAUCCACGACGCGGACGUGCGCCACACCUGGAAGAGCAACUGCCUGCCCCUGCGCUUCUGGGUGAACGUGAUCAAGAACCCGCAGUUCGUGUUCGACAUCCACAAGAGCAGCAUCACGGACGCCUGCCUGUCGGUGGUGGCCCAGACCUUCAUGGACUCCUGCUCGACGUCCGAGCACAAGCUGGGCAAGGACUCGCCCUCCAACAAGCUCCUCUACGCCAAGGACAUCCCCAACUACAAGAGCUGGGUGGAGAGGUACUACGCGGACAUCGCCAAGAUGCCCGCCAUCAGCGACCAGGACAUGGGCGCGUACCUGGCUGAGCAGUCACGGCUGCACCUGAGCCAGUUCAACAGCAUGAGUGCCCUGCACGAGAUCUACUCCUACAUCAGCAAGUACAAGGACGAGAUCCUGACGGCCCUGGAGAAGGACGAGCAGGCACGACGGCAGCGGCUCCGGAGCAAGUUGGAGCAGGUGGUGGCCACCAUGGCCCAGAGCGGCUGAGCCGCCGGCCACGGCUGCCUGGCCCGCAGGAGAGCGGGAGGGCC